CGGAUCGAUCGAUCGAUCCGAUCUCAGGUUCGCCGCCAGUCCCGCCGGAGCAGGCCAUGGAGACGCCGCCGCCGUUCCAGGAGUCCGCCAACUGCGACGUCUGCGGCUGCACCUUCUCCACCUUCCGCCGCCGCCACCACUGCCGCUGCUGCGGGAGGACGCUCUGCCACGAGCACUCUUCGUACCACAUGGCCCUGCCUCAGUACGGGAUAUACACGGACGCCAGGGUCUGCUACGAGUGCUUCAACAAAUCCUCCUCCAGACGUGGUGGAGUUGAUAAAGCGGGUUCGCCCGAGAGCGUUUCGAGUGCUGCAGACUCCUUUUCAGGGCUGAACUUGGAUAAAGAUGAUGCUUCGUCGCCCAUGAAAAAUUCUGCGGCUCAGAGUGCAGCUGCCGUUAUUGAGUGCAAAUGCGGGAUGCCUUUGUGCAUAUGCGAGGCACCAAAGCCAGAACCCGCGCCUGUAAAGCAGAAUAUCGUCGCCGCUUCGUCAACUGCCCAACCAAACCCAAAGCCGAAAAAACCAGAACCAAGCACGAAGAAGGCUGCAGCUACUUCCAGCAGCAAUUCAAGCUCAUUCUUAAAUCUUGGCCUGAUGAGCAACGAUAUCAAUGAUAAGACUCCGUCUGACUAUGAAGUUACUGGAGAGGGAUUGAGAGAAGCAAUUAAAGGCGGGGAUAUUAAAGCUGUGAAGAAACUUCUUAGCCAGGGAGUAGAUUCUAACUACUGCGACAAGCAAGGAUUUACUCUGCUACAUUUGGCUGCUCUAUUUAACCAGACUGAGAUUGCUCUUAUUCUCAUGGACAGUGGAGCAAAUAUUCAACGCAAAAAUGGUCAAGGGGAAACUGCCUUGGAUUGUGCUCCACCCAUGCUGCAAUACAAAAUGCGGCAGAGGAUGGAAGAGCUUGCUGCGUCACAAAGGGUUGAGUGAGGAAGACAUCAUUUGGGCCUUUUUCUGCUAGCUGCUCUCCUCCCCAUAUGUCAAAAGAUGGUUUUCUGCUUCUGAAUGAUUGAUUACAAAUAAACCAUUUGUCGGACUGGAAGCUCAUUGCUGGGGUACGGUGUUUCAUUCGGGAUCACACCAUCAUCAUGUAUUAAGGUCGCAAUGUCAGAGGCGGUUGUUCUUUGUACCCUUGAAUAAUAAGUUUAUUUAUGGCCAAUCUCACAUUUUCUUCGCGUA